AUGGCAGUAUCUCUUGGCCCUUUAUCUGAUCCGAGGGCAGAACUUACACUGACGGAAAUCAACCUGGAGCUUCAGUUGCAGCUGGCAAAGAACAAGCAGGACUUCCGAGACCUCACAGAGAAAUUCCUUGUAUUCCAAGCAACUGCCUACUCCCUGGCCAACCAGCUGCAGAAAUACAAGUGUGAAGCCUGUAAGGACAUCAUUGAAUCCGUGCUGGGGGAGAAGCUGUCGUUUGAGGCGCUGAGGCUGGCAGAGAUUCGAAGUCAGGCGCGAGAGCUGACCCAGUUACGGCAGACAUUACGGGAAGGGAAAGAUGACUCUGUUCUACUCAAGCAGCACCUCAAGGACCUCCUCACCCACAAUGACCUUGACAACCACCAGGGGCAGGGCUUCCGAGAGCAGCUGACUGAGGGACAUAGGCUGGCAGAGCGCCUUGCCCGCAAGCUCAGCCCAGGGUCGUGGCCCACCUGGGAGCACCCGGAGGCUCCUGGCCAGUGCUCAGGCUCGGGGAGCAGCCCCAACAGCUCCUGUGGGUGA